CAUGUAUGCGUGGAUUGUGAGCUGCUAUAUUGCUGCUAAGGCCUAAGCGGAGGAGCCAGAAAAACUGCGCCGCCCUUGUGGCAGGUGAUCGAACUCGGGUCGGAUGAGCGGACGACAACAAAUUUUUUCGUGCUAUAUAUAAGUAUUUUCAAAGAGGGAAAAUUGUUGCUCGGUGCCGAUGAUCGAACUCGUGGUUUAUUUUGUUGAUUAUUGUUGCAAUUAUUGUAUUUUGAGAGGAAAGAGACCGCGCGCUUGCAUCGAGGGAAACUUUGAAAGUGAAGGCUGGAACUUGAUGUGAGUUGGCUGCGGUGUUACCAAAUUUUGUCGGCGAAGGUUAUGUCGGUUUGUUUUUUUCUCGUAUACCUUUGAAUUUUCUUUUCUUUGAGAAAAUAUGGUCCCGGUCGUAGCUAUGGUGCGGAUGAAAAUGUCAGCUUUCACAAGGAAAAUGAUUAUCGAAAAGUGCCUCGGACUGCAGCUCAAACGGCAUUGUUCUUCUGUUAAUUCAUCAAAGUCUAAAUCGGAUAAUUUGACAGAAAAGCAGAGAGAAAUGAUGGCGAGAAGUCUUCCAAAACAAAAACCAAUCCCAGGAGUCAAGCAAAUACUUAUUGUUGCAUCAGGUAAAGGAGGAGUGGGCAAAUCAACAACUUCUGUGAAUUUAGCUGUUGCUCUAAAAGCUAUGGAUCCAAGCAAAUCAAUUGGUUUACUGGAUGCUGAUGUUUUUGGACCUUCAAUUCCAUUGAUGAUGAAUUUGCACGAGUCUCCUGUUUUAAACAGCAACAAUUUAAUGGAACCCUUAGUCAAUUUUGGAGUCAAAUGCAUGUCUAUGGGAUUUCUAAUAGAGAAAAAAUCUUCACCCGUGUGGAGAGGACUCAUGGUAAUGGGUGCAAUUGAUAGAUUAUUAAGACAAGUAGCCUGGGGACCAUUGGACUAUUUAAUUGUUGACACUCCACCUGGUACCGGAGACACUCAUCUUUCACUUGUGCAAAACCUUCCUAUUUCUGGAGCAUUAUUAGUGACUACCCCUCAAAAAGCUGCUGUGGAUGUUACAAGAAGAGGAGCAUCCAUGUAUGACAAAGUGAACAUUCCACUGGCUGGAAUAGUUUCAAAUAUGACUAAUGUAAUAUGCCCAAACUGUAAAAGUGAAGUUCCACUUUCAAAAGAUGGUACUGAUGGUUUGGCCAAAGAAUUAGGUAUCAAGAUUUUGUGCAAGAUUCCUCUUGACGAUGAUAUCAUGGAAUGUUGUGAUAAUGGUAAACCAGUGGUACUUACUGCUCCAGAUUCUGCAUCUGCAAAAGCAUACAAAAAAUUGGCACAAGAUGUAACAACAUUUUUAAAAGAUCAACCAGUCAAUACAGGCUAGUGGUUCUAAAUCUCUUUACAAGCUUCUCCUACGUACAAACUACACCUGUAAACUUAAGGAAAAGAAUGAGAAGCAUUGACCAAGGUAAUAAAAUGGAAGGUACAUUCACUAGUAUACAUUCGAGACCAGAAGCAGAGGUGCAUGAUGUGCCCAUGAACGUUUUAAUUAGACCAUUUCCACCUUCUGUUGACAAUGAAAAAGUCACAAGCUUGAUGGAAACUUUGAAUAACCCUGAAACUGAGAAUUUGGUACCACCAGUGGAUAUUCUGUGGAUUAAAGGCCGUAACGGAGGGGAUUAUUACUAUUCAUUUGGUGGCUGUCACCGUUAUGCUGCACAUCAGAGGCUGGGCAAACCGACUAUUAAAGCAAAAAUCGUUCAAUCCACCAUAACGGAUUUGAGAAGUUACCUUGGGAAUUCAACUCCUGACUUAAAGUGAAGUUACACAAACCUUUUAUAUACAUUUUAUAUAUUUAUACUCGUAAUUUGUUGUACAAAUGCUUUGAAUAUCCAAAAAUAAGUUGUUUACAUCGUAAUUUUAAGUAAGGCUAUUAAUAAAUGAAAUGUUUAGAUUUUAACUGGGAGAAUCUAAUUAUUCACUUCAAACUUAUUGUAUGCUAAUGUCAUGUGAAAUGAAUUGUCUUGAAACAGUUAAAGUGUUGCUAAAAUAGAAUCAACUUUGCAUUUCAAAAUAAACCGAAAGUUCAUCUUGAUUAAAAUGAUAUGGAAAAAGAUUUAAGUGAAAAUAAAUAGACGCUACUAUUA